AUGGCAGACGUGUCCGAGAGGAAGGUGCAACUGUUCGUGCUGUUGGCCUUCGCCUCCGGAGUGCUAGUGGGCUGGCAGGCGAACCGGCUGCGGAGGCGCUACCUGGACUGGAGGAAGCGGAGACUGCAGGACAAGCUGGCGGUGACGCAGAAGAAGCUGGAUCUGGCCUGACCCGGGCGUCUGCUGCGCCGGCCCACGCGCGCCCACGUUGUCUCGCCUGCCGGGGUCCAGCCUCCGAAGCCAGGCGGGCCGCGCGCGCUCCUCGCCUACCGAGCCAGGCUCCUGCCGCCAGAGUGUCGCUUGUUGAAGAUGGAUAUUGAGCACUGGACAGACAUUACUUCUUGCAUUUAUGAAUGUUUUAUUUAAAAAAUAAAAAUUUAAACAUC